AUGUCUGACUUGAAACAACAAUUUGAAACAUUAUCAUUAAAUUUCAAUAAUCAUCAAAAUCAAUUAAAUGAUUUAAUUUCUUCAAGAUCAAAAUUAGAAACUCAAUAUCAAGAAAAUAAAAUAGUUCUACAAGAAUUUGAUAAUCUUAAUGAAGAUUCCAAAAUUUAUAAAUUAACUGGUCCUAUAUUAUUACCACAAGAUUAUAGUGAAGCUAAAAUGAAUGUUAACAAACGUAUUGAAUUUAUAGAAGAUGAAAUUAAAAGAGUAGAAUCCAAAAUUGAAAAUGAAGAAAAUCAAUUAGAAGAAACAAGAACUAAAUUAAUAGCUGUGCGUAGUCAGUUACAAUAA